UGCGAUGGGCACCCAGCGCUGCCUCCCCCAUAGGCCCCCCCUGCACCCCCGGACCCCAGCGCCGUGCAGCAGAGCCUGAUGCUCGCAGGCCAAGGCAACGCGGCCGCGCUGCGGGGCUCCUACCCCGAGGCGGUGCGGGCGUUCACGGCAGCGCUGCAGCUGAACCCCCGCGAGCACCGGCUCCUCGGGAACCGGUCCUAUUGCUAUGAGAAGCUGCAGCGGUACCGGGAGGCGCUGGGGGAUGCGGAGCGGGCGCUGGGGCUGCAGCCCCAUUGGGCCAAGGGGCUCUUCCGCAAGGGGAAGGCGCUGCGGGGGCUGCAGGUAAGGAGGGGGGGCUGCGGGCGCUACGCGGAGGCUGCCCAGGUCUUUGAGGAGCUGCUGCGGCUGCACCGCACUGGGACCAGCACCGGCACCGGCACCGGCGCUGACACCGACACCGAUGCAGCCGCGCAGCUGGAGGCCUGCAGGGCACUGCUGCAGCGGAGCAGCCUUGGGGGGGUUCCCCCAUCUCCCCCCCCCAUCACCCCCCUAUCCCCAAUGGAGGCUGCGGAGCCGGUGCUGCCCCUCCGGUCCGGGAGCAGCCAGGACCAGGGCAGGGGCAUGAGCGGCUUCACCCCCACUGGGAGCUCCAGUAUCCAGGCCCAGUGCCAGCCCUCCAGGGGCUGCUUCCCACUGUGGGUGGGCAACAUCACCCCCAGCAUCAGCAGGAGCGUGCUGCAGCGCUGCUUCGGACACUUUGGGGACAUCCAAUCCAUCCGGAUGCUGCCUGAGCGCCGCUGCGCCUUCCUCAACUACACCUGCAAGGAGGCGGCCGAAGCGGCCUUCGAGGCCAUGAGGGACUCCCCAGUGGAAGGCACCCUCCUGGCCCUGCAGCUCAAGCACCCAUCUCACGCCACCCCGCGCCCACGUUCCUACCGGGAACCCCAAUAA